GCUGGGCGCUGUCAGUUCACCGGGAAGCGUGGAUGUGCUGAUCCUUCUCGAACUGGGAUUAUGUUGGAGAAUUUCUGGACAGUUGUUUGGUGGAUUUGGUAAGCCUGCUGUUCAUAUAAGCGCUGUAAAGGAGGACCUAUCCGUCUUGCAUUUUCUCCAUAAUAGUGUUUUCCUUAUAGCUGAGGGUUUGCUGUGGGCUCUCAAAUUGCCUGGCUUUCUCCUUUCCCUCUUCUAGAGGGAAACCACAGGGGUUGGCACAAAAUUUGCUAUUCUUGUUUAGCUAAACAAAAGAAAAAGGCAUUCCUUAGUUUUACACGCGGGGGGUCCCUGUUGGUCUCUUGCACAGUGUCUCGUGCACCCGAGGGAACACCUUUAUGCUUCUAGGCCUUCUCUGUAUGCAAAAGCACAGCACCAACUACACCCGUACAGCUUAAAGUGGUGCUUUUCUGGAGCAGCCCUGUGGUCUGGGGAAGGGUGUCGGAGGAACGCCAAGAUCUACUGGUGUACACCUAUGGGUGUGAAGAUAUCUUAUACCUGAAGUCAGUACUACUCUGGUAAGCGGUGUUAAAAGCAUGUUGAAAAAAUAAAAACAUCACCUUGAACUGCUGGAGUUAUGUUGGCAUAAAAAUUUGGUCAGCCAGGAUUUAAAUUAGUGGUGCAGUAUGCAGACCUCUAAUAAACUUGUCACCGUGUUACUCAUAUAAUUUUUAAUUGAAUAGUUGGAUGUAGAUCUUCACUUGAGUUUUUUGUGGGAGCUUAAAACUGAAGUCUGGGUAAAGUUCAGACUGUAGAGGCGUCUUGUUGUAAUUCUGCAGUCCUGGGACUGUGUCACACAGCACUUGCGCAGUAAUGUUACACAGCUCUUUCAUGAAGACUUUUUUCCAUAGAAAUCACCUAGAGCUGUCUCAGUGCAAAACCCACCGUUGUGUCUUGUACACGCGUGUAGUAUUGGCUGGCCACGUGGUUAGAGCUUUAAAUUGAACAACACUGUAGUAAGUGGCAAUGUAACAGGUGAGGCACGUUACUCUGAGAGCAGCUUUUUGUGAGAAGCAGCAGGAUCCUCUCUGCUUCGUCUUGCUGGAAAUGCCUCACUGAAGAGCUGGUAGAUGGCUCUGUGGAUCGAUGCUAUACCGAUAGGUCGGUAUUUCUCAGGCUGGAGGGCCUAUCUGAACACUCUAGUCGUGGCCCCAAGCCUAACUGCUAGGCACGGUGCAAACAACUGUUUUCCAGGUUGUGCUUGUCGACUCGACACCCGGGUGAAAAGGUGGCAUAGGCACUGAAGCGGGACUAAGUGAGAGGCUGCAGCUUUUACAAGUAGUGAAUGCAGGUACGAAUUGUUUUUAGUGAGCAGGUGUAGCAUUCUGUACCUAUACUUGUGGUAUCUCAAAAUCCUCAGCUUAGUUAGGGGAAAGAGCAGGGAAACUUCUUCCCAGAGACCUGGGGGUAUCCACCCAGAAACAGGAGAUUCAACGCCCCGUUUGCCUGCCCGUAGGCACGACUGCUCUGGCUAGUCCUUCCGGUGGCCAUGGCGGGCUCCGGGGGCUGGGGUGCUUGUCCAGCACGGCAAAUGCUCCUGCAGCUGGGGCCUGGCUCCUGCUCACCGGCGCAGCACCGCCAGUUGGAGCACUUCUGGCUCUGAUUUAGUCUCACCAGUGUUCGUACGGCCAGUGCUCUCAGGACAGGAGUUUCCUGGCUUCGAACUGUCUUUGCCCAGUAUCCGGGAGGGAGACCGUUACAGCAGCCUGUUCGGCUCGCUCUGGCCAUUUGGGUAACUUGAAAGCGUUUCCUGGCGGGUGCUCGGGUACAGCGCCCUGGCCGUGUUCCUUGGAUUGCUGAUGGCAAACUGCCUCUCUUACCCACGUUUUCAUUUGAGCUGAGCAGCAUCUCUGUAAGUGGUCUCCUUCACCUUACCUGUUGGUCUGUGACUGCUUCAUCUCAUCCUGAGGACCCCUAAUGUGCCUGCGAAUCAAGACAGAGCAGCAAGCUGGUCCAUCAUCCUCUAAGCCAUCUUCUCUGAGGAGGAGAGCUACUGCCUCUGCUGUUGGGAAUGAUUUAAUGAAUUUAGGACUGUGUGUGAUGAUCAGGGCAAGUGUAACAAGUUGAAAUCAUCACAGAAGGAUAAAGUGCGUCAGUUUAUGGUCUUCACACAGUCUAGUGAAAAGACAGCGGUGAGUUGUCUGUCUCAGAAUGACUGGAAGUUAGAUGUUGCAACAGACAACUUUUUCCAAAACCCUGAACUUUAUAUACGAGAGAGUGUUAAAGGAUCAUUGGACAGAAAGAAGUUAGAACAACUGUAUAACAGAUACAAAGAUCCUCAAGAUGAAAAUAAAAUUGGUAUAGAUGGUAUACAGCAGUUUUGUGAUGAUCUAGCUCUUGACCCAGCCAGCAUUACUGUACUCAUCAUUGCAUGGAAAUUCCGAGCCGCAACACAGUGUGAAUUUUCAAAGCUGGAAUUCAUGGAUGGAAUGACCGAGCUGGGAUGUGACAACAUAGAAAAACUGAAGGCCCAGAUUCCUAAAAUGGAACAAGAAUUAAAAGAGCCAGGAAGAUUUAAGGAUUUUUAUCAGUUUACUUUCAACUUUGCAAAGAAUCCGGGACAGAAAGGUUUAGAUUUAGAAAUGGCCAUUGCCUACUGGAAUUUAGUACUUAAUGGAAGAUUUAAAUUUCUAGACUUGUGGAACAAAUUUUUGUUGGAACAUCAUAAAAGAUCAAUUCCUAAGGAUACCUGGAAUCUUCUUCUAGACUUUAGUACAAUGAUAGCAGACGAUAUGUCUAACUAUGAUGAGGAAGGGGCAUGGCCAGUUCUUAUUGAUGACUUUGUGGAAUUUGCACGCCCUCAAAUUGCUGGGACAAAAAGUACGACAGUGUAGCACUAAAGGACCCCUCUAGAAUGUACAUAGUCUGUACAAAUACCUGCAAUGGAAAAUUGCACAGUCAAUUUCUGCUGGCUGGACUGAACUGAAGAUCAAUCCUCACAAUAUGGCUGAGGGUUGAGACAAACCUUUAAGGAUACAUCUUGGACCAUAUCAUACUUCAUUCUUCUACUGGUGGUUUGGGCUUUUCUUCUAGUCUGGACCACUCUUGCCCAUUAAAAUUCCAACAUUGUGGAUUUCAUCACGGAAUUUUUUUUUUUUUAAUUUUUUUUUUUUUUGGUGGACCACCCUAGUUUCAUCUCCCACAAGUCCUAGGAGCUUUAUGAUUAUUUUGAGGUUUCUGGUUUCACAUAAAGCACAACGCUGGUCAUCAUCAGACAACUGUUGUAUGACAUCUGAAUUAUACAGAUCAACAUCAAAACAAUUUUUAAAAGAAUCCUUAAAUAUACACUUGGGGCUAGUUGCAAAGACUGCGUCGAUAGCACUUCCUGUAAGAGUGAUAUAUUUAAGUGUACUGGGAUACGACUUGGUUUUUCUUUUUUUUUUUUUUUUUUUUUUUUUUCUGGAAAAGUACAGGUAUCGUCCAGGUGAGCUUGAGUAUCUGGCAGAAGCAAUCACAGACAUAACCAGCAAAAGCCAAGGCUGUUGGUACUGGGGUGUCCGGGUGCCCGUCUGAGCUGGCUGGGCGAGCAGCUGGAGUGCGACACAACUGAAGCACGCGUGUGUAACGCUGCGGUCAGCCUCCGCUGCGCGCCGCUGAGAGACGCUGCGAGCGUCGCGACAGAGCCCGGGGUGCUCGAGGUUCUUACCUGAGGAACCCGAUUCCAUUACCAUUUCGAAAUGCUUAUCUGUCUGUCAAAGAAAGGCUUCAUUUCUGUGGAAACCUAAAACUUGAAUACACUGAAUUUGUGUCUUACGCUUGCUACACAGUGCAGUAUUUUAAACCGAGACAGGGAAUUUUUAUGCUUGAGGUAUGAUGAAGCAAACGGCCCUGUUGCACAAGAAGCCGGUGAGUUUGGUGUGAACCUAGGUUUUAAAACCAUUAUCCUGAGAAGUGAGUUACGCCUUUGUAGCACAUAGGUACUGCCAUUGUGGAUGACACCCAUUUUUUAAUUCUUCUGUUGAGUUUUCCUUAAAUUGAUGCAUCGCUGUGGUUGCCAAAUACAGAAAUUGAGAGUAAAGCUUUCCCAAACCAGCACAGAUCAGCUAUGAGAUACUACACUGGCUUUGUUGGCUUAAAUUAUUUUGUCGAUCCAUCACUACAGUUUAUUGUUUUACUGCAUUUAACUGAAUCAGUUGUUCUGGUCAAAGCAGGUUUUAUCAGAUGCAAUUCUUCUUUAUUUUUAAUAUUACGAGAGCUCUUGAGCUGCUUUUGUCCUAAACGUGGUCUUUUACUCCUCACUUUAAGUUCCUUAUGAAGAGAUUUGAUAAACACUGCUCUGUAGAACAAGCUGGGAACCACCAAGCUCCGGGAACAGACGACUGUAGUUACCAGGCAGGAGAGGGUGAAGCCCGUGCCCUGGACAGCCCCGUGGUAAGGCCCAGUUAUUUUGAAAGGAGCGAUUGGCGCUUGCGUUGAACAGCAGAACACUUUUAUGCAGAUACUAAAAGUAUUUUAGGAAAAAAUUGACUAUUAAAGUGCUCGGAAAGCUUGCAUGUGUUCCCUGAAGCUGACGGUGAGGCGAGCUCCCCUGCCAGCGCGUGCGCGGUACGAAAACCCAGCGGUGCGUUUGCUUCAGGGAUGCAGCUCCCCAAACCCAGUGCUGACUGGCGCCAGCUACCAGGACUGGCCAAAAGGCGCGUGGUUUGCCCAGUUUUGUGUAAAUAUAUACGGGGACUUGAAUUUGCGGGGGUGCGUGUGGAAAAAAGCUCUGCAGGGUAUCUGUGCGUGCUGUUUCCUGUCUCGAGGGCUCUGGUGCAGCUUCAGAUGGACAAGUUCACGUCCGUGUGUCGGGAGGGGAGGGGGGCCUGGCUUCUCAUCCCAACACAGACCUGUCCCUCGGGAAGGUCUGAGCUUGGGUGGUGGCGUGGUGCCCCAGGGUUUUAACGAAUAUUCCUUUUGGAUGCAAGAUCCUUUCAACAAAAUAGUGUUGUCAUCAGUGUGGUACUACAUGCUUAUAAUUACUGUGUAAUUAUAAAGAAAUGCAUAAAACUUUGACUAAUUAUGGUGCAGGAAAGGGUUAUUUGUGCUGUGAUGGCAUCCUCAGUGUUUUUCAAAACGAGUGACUGAAGUUGAAAGCGACAUCGCUCUGACGGGGGGUGUCCUGAGGGCAAAACGCCUGGCAGCAUCGCGCCCUGCUCAGAUGGGGCCAUGGGGAUUUUUCCUUUAUGUAUUUGUGUGGGUUUUCUUUUUUUUUUUUUUUUUAAAGAAUGCAAGCAGUUGCUUACUUGGGUCGCUUUAACGUGUAAGUGCUUAUCUCUUCCAUUUGAUGAUCUCCCCUUCAGUGGAUCAAUUUAAUUUUGCCAAAUGUCAAGAAAAAGAAAGGUGAACAUCAACUUUGUAACCUGCUUUUAUACAUUAAAGAUGUACACAAUGAGAAGUGCCCUGAUAUAAAACACUUAAGCUCGAGAUUAUAUUUAGUAGAAAAAAAAAAAGAAAUCAUUCCCGUCUCUGUAAGUUGAAGUGUAACUGCUUACAGUCCCUCUCGUGACAGACAGAGGCAAUAAAGCUCCAGUGAAAUCGCCGUGGCUGAGGCUUCUCAGGCAGCGUGGCAGUGUGUUAUUUGUGCCGGCGGCUCUAGGA